AUGGCUUCGAACAAUUAUCCCCAGGAGCCCGUAGCCAUCAUUGGAAUGGCAUGUCGUCUACCUGGCGGAGUUACAGAUGUUGAUAAACUGUGGGAUUUGUUGGAAAAAGGCCGCACCACCUGGUCCCAAGUGCCAGACAGCCGGUUUCGAGAAAGUUCUUUCUUUCAUCCUGAUAGCAAGAGGAAUGGCACGUUUCAUACUCAGGGAGGCCAUUUCCUCACAAAUGACAUCUCUUGUUUUGAUGCCUCAUUUUUCAAUAUUUCGCCCGCAGAGGCAAAGGCAAUGGAUCCACAGUUGCGACUUCUCUUAGAAGUGACGUAUGAAGCUUUGGAGAGCAGCGGUAUACCUUUAGAUCAAUUACGGGGAACUGAUACUGCAGCCUAUGUGGCGCUUUACAACCAAGACUACGAAAAGAUCCUCCUUCGUGAUCCUGAGGAUCUCCCCUUCUACUACCAAACUGGCAACGGCGAGGCCAUGUAUGCAAAUCGACUAUCGUAUUUUUUCGACCUACAUGGGGCCUCCCUAACCCUAGACACUGGCUGUAGUGGGGGAAUGGUGGCGCUGCAUCAAGCUUGUGAGAGUAUUCGGCAUGGCGAAUGCACCCAGGCCAUUGCUGCGGCGUCUAAUUUGAUUCUUGACCCAGCAGCCAUGAUAGGCCCCAGUUGUCUCCAGUUCUAUGCCUCUGAUGGCCGCUCCAAGUCAUUUGACCAGUGCGCAGACGGCUAUGGACGCGGGGAAGGAGCAUGCACGCUGAUACUGAAACGCCUGACUGCAGCCAUUGAGGAUGGCGAUCCCAUACGCGCAGUCAUUCGUAGCUCGGUAAUCAACCAAGACGGGCGCACGGCUGGUAUCACAGUGCCCAGUGGGGAAGCCCAAGAAAGAUUGAUUCGGUCCGGCUAUGAGGCGGCUGGCUUGGAUCCGGCUAAGACCAGCUAUGUUGAGACGCAUGGCUCGGGCACUGCAGUAGGAGACCUGACCGAGAGCCGGUCCAUUGGUACGGUGUUAGGGCAAGCUAGACGAGCUCAAGGGCUAGGCCCGGUGCUUAUGGGCUCUGUCAAGGCCAAUAUCGGCCAUCUCGAGAACGUUAGUGGACUCGCAGGUGUGAUCAAAGCCGCACUCGUGAUUGCCAAGGGGCAAAUCCCCCCCAGUAUCAAAUUUCAAGUUCCAAAUCCGGAGAUUCAGUGGGAUGCAUGGAAUCUGGAUCUACCGACCAAUUUACGAGCUCUGAGCCAAUUCGGCGUGGGCUCAUCGCAGGUCUCCCUGAACAGCUUUGGAUUCGGCGGGACUAACGUGCAUAUAAUUCUGGAUCAACUCCGCGAUGGUGAAGGCACGAACAGCUUUAUACCAGUUGAUCUUGCGAUGCCGACUCAACAACAAAUCAAAGCAAAUACGGAUCCAUCUCAGGUCUUUGUUCUUUCCGCUCGAUCGGCCGAGCCAGCUCGUCACAUGGCCAAGCAAUUACAGGAAUAUCUGGAGAAAGUCUCUGUUUCCGAUGAAGAGUCCCCCAGUUUUCUUCAGUCUCUAGCUUAUACACUGUAUUGUCGGCGAUCAUCAUUCCCUUGGCGAGCAGCAGUGGUCGCCGACUCAGUUUCUGAGCUACAUCAGAAGCUCAACUCUGUGACUUUCUGUCACACAGGUAAAAGGCCUAGUAUUGCAUUUGUCUUUACGGGUCAAGGGGCACAGUGGGCCAGAAUGGGCAGAGAACUGUGGGAAACCAGCAUUCCCUUUCGAAACUCUAUUUCAGCGGCUGAACAGUGCCUAACUGACCUGGGUGUGGAUUGGCGCUUGACUGAGGAGCUGCUUAAGUCACCCGAGGAAACCAACCUGAACAAAGCCAAUAUUGCACAACCAGCAUGCACAGCCAUUCAGCUGGCACUAGUCGACCUUCUGGCGUCGUGGAAUAUUCAUCCCAGUGCUGUGACCGGUCACUCCAGCGGCGAAAUCGCUGCAGCCUAUGCGUGCAAAGCCAUUUCGUUCCACAAUGCCAUGCUCAUCGCUUAUGCUCGAGGUUGUGUGGCAGGAAAACUCGCCAAAGAUGAAAGCCUCAAAGGCGCCAUGAUUGCUGUGGGCUUAAGCCCACAGGAAGUGGAGAGAUAUCGCUCUAAAUCGUCUGAGUCUACCGGGUUGGCCACGAUAGCCUGCGUGAACAGUCCGGAGGCGGUGACGUUAUCUGGGGACAAGGCUGCUGUAGAUGAUCUUCAAGAGCGACUUCAGAGCGAUGGCAUCUUUUUCCGGAGACUCCCGGUCGACGUGGCAUAUCAUUCACACCAUAUUCUGCGCGUGGCUAACGACUAUCGCGAUGCUCUGGUGAUGAUGGAUGCCCCUCGCGCAAAUCACGACAUUCCAUUUCAUUCGAGUGUAACCGGAAAGAUUAUCGACGGCACGGAACUGGAUGCGCAGUAUUGGGUGAAAAACCUGGUUUCGCCAGUUCUGUUCUCGGCUGCAGUGGAAAGUCUUAUGAACUCAGCCACUAAUUUGCUGAUUGAGAUUGGCCCGCACGCAGCCUUGAAGGGUCCCAUUAAACAAAUUCUCAAAGCACACAAUGUAGAAGUGCCUUACGCUCCAUCAUUAAAUCGCAAUGAGUCAGCCAGUCGCUGUAUACUACAGCUCGCCUCUAGCAUAUUUGAGCAUGGUGCUGAAAUCAAUAUGAGCGAGGUGAACAUCUGGUCACGUCCGGCAGACGCCCUGCGUUGUCUCUUCGAUCUUCCCCCGUAUCCUUGGGAUCACUCCAAUUCCUUCUGGCACGAGAGCCGCUUAAGCCAAAAUUACAGGAACCGUACGGAUCAUCCACAUGAACUUUUGGGAGUCCUCAGCCCAGAGUCGAGCUCGUUGGAACCUCGCUGGCGGAAUCAUGUCAGUGUAUCGUCGUUUCCAUGGCUGACAGGGCAUCGGAUUGGCGGGGAUGCAGUUUUUCCCGCUGCUGCUUACAUGGCAAUGGCCAUUGAAGCAGCAUAUAUAGCAGCAACUCACCUCUCCACCAAGAUCGACCCGGUUUGCUGCAUUAAUUUACAUCAAGUGUCGCUGAGUCGAUCGCUGAUAAUCCCAAGCUCGGGGUCUGCAGUGGAAAUCAUGCUCACUCUACGACUAGCUACUGGAACGGCCGGGCGAGAUCUUGCUCGCCGGCAGGAGUUUGUCAUUUACUCCUGCUCCGAUCAUAAAGAUGUGGUAGAAAACUGUCGCGGAUUUGUGACAGUCAAUUUUGGUGAUAUCGGGCCGCUCGCAUCGAUCGGGCUAGAUCGCCAGUUCGAGGAACAAAGACUGUCACCACUCAACCCUGACCAAUGGUACCAUAGCCUGAGUCAAAUAGGAGUCGAGUACUCGGAUUCCUUUCGAGCCCUGAGCCGACUGUCUGCCGGACGAGGCUUUUGUAGUGCCAAUAUUGCCUGCUCGGUCCCGGAAAGCGAGUAUAAAGCCAGUCUUCCUCCAGCUAGCUUCGAUGCUUGUUUGCAGACGAUGCUGGCUGCCAUCGGAUCGGGGGACGUGAUUCGCGGUCCUAUCCUUCCCACAUUUAUCAAUGAGGCGUCAAUUUGGGUGAAUGGCCGCGAUGUGCCUCCAAGUAUCUUGCACGUUUCUUCUCGAGCGCAGAAACAGUAUGGACAGGCCUUCAGCGCGGAUAUCGAGACAACUCGCGGUGGUUUGGGAAGCUCUAGUCUCUUAUUGUCACUACGAGGUGUGGAAGCAAAAUCGCUGGAGGUAUUCUCGAACCAAAAUGAGGAAUCUGAACAGGCAAAGACGUGUCAAAAGCAAGUGAUGGCAAUUGACCCAGAUUUUCUGUCUGGUGCAGGGGUGGAGGACCUUUGCAACUCAUCCCUGCAGCCUGUCUCUGUCGCGGCUAGUCUGACUCGGCUCCGCGAUGUGUGCCAGUAUUACGCAAAUGCUGCUGUGAAAGAGGUCACAGAUGAAGACGUGCAAGGAAUGAGCACCUACCAGAGACUUUAUUUUGACUGGCUACGGGUUCAAGCAACUCUUUGUUCAGUCGAGUUGACAAAUGAUGUUCUGGACCAGGUAAAACCCUCUAACGCUGAAGGAAAAAUGGUCUGCAAGAUCGGAGCGAGCCUUUCCUCUAUUCUUAAAGGGGGCCAGGAUCCGCUGUCCUUGAUGUUGGAAGACAAUCUUCUCUUUCGUCUGUACGAGGAUGAUAAGAGCAUGCAGCGAUGUGCUGUGCAAGCAGCCGAAUAUGCGCGGAUGAUGGGCUUGAAGUCUCCAGAUCUCCGUAUCCUCGAAAUUGGUGGCGGUACAGGAGGCGCCACACUACCUAUUCUACAAGCAUUGACCCAAUACGGCACAAGGCUUUUCAGCCAUUAUGCCUUCACGGAUAUCUCGGCGGGAUUCUUUGCCAAUGCAGAGCAAAAGCUUGGCGACUGGAAGGACCUGAUGAGCUUUCAGAAGCUGAACAUCGAAGAGGACCCAACAAAGCAAGGGUUUGAGCCAGGAAACUACGAUCUGAUCAUUGCGGCCAAUGUUUUACAUGCCACCACCUACAUUGAAGAAACAGUUAAACAUGUCCGCCGUCUGCUCAAGCCAGGAGGAAAGUUGCUACUAUUAGAAAGUACCAGAACAACCGUUCAUCGUUCAUUUGUCUUUGGCACACUGCCUGGGUGGUGGGUGGGGGCUUCAGAGCGUGGCAAGGAUACUCCAUUGCUGACAGAGGAGGAGUGGUCCAAGACACUACAACGCACGGGCUUCACUGGCUUGGACGCAAUUAUGCAUUCCUAUCAGGCUACGGAAGAGCAGACAGAUAGCUUGAUUGUUACCACUGCGUUGGAGGGGUCUGCUUCAAUUGCAGAGGCGGCGAUUGCUGUGGCGUUAACAGGUGAACAAUUGUCACGUUCGCAUGAAAGCAUAGGGUAUAGUGUCAUGCAUCACAUGCGUUCAUUGGCGUCCCAAGAGGAAGUGGCCAUUCUAUCAUUGGGUGAUUCCAGGCUGCAGGACCGGACAUGUAUUCUGUUUACAGAUCCCGACAGGUCCUUGCUCUGUGAACUGAACCAAGCAGGCUUGGAUGCUCUCAAACAUACGGUGAAGAUCGCUAGGAAAGUCAUAUGGGUGACACUGGGAGGCACACACGAGUGCCAGAAUCCUCAAUCUAGUGUAUCUGUGGGCUUUGCUCGAGUGUUACGUCGUGAGAAUCCCCAUGUGCCUAUCAUAACCCUCGACCUCGACCCGAACAACAAUCCACAGCCUCUGACCCUAGCGAAAUAUCUCUGGGGGUUCCUUCACCAGCUUUUGUCUCGCCCGAGGAUAGAAGACUUAGAAUGGAGUGAACGCCGAGGCCAGUGGUUUGUACCACGUCUGGUAGAAGACAAAGCUACCACGGAAUUUGUUAGCUCUCACUCGAGGGCAGGUCAAACUGCUGUGCCGCAAAUGGAAUUCUUUCACCAAGAAGAUAGACCCCUGUCUCUGGCUACUAGAGACACAGGCAGUCUGCAAGGGCUAUACUUUAGCGACAGUCUUGUCCAUAAUGCGCCUAUGGGUGAAGAUGAAUUGGAGAUUGAGGUCAAGGCAUCUGGGGUCAACUUUCGAGACAUCAUGGUGUCACUAAACCAAAUGCCUGAUGAAAAUGUUGCCGAGUGCGCUGGUGUGGUCACAAAAGUAGGCCAGAAACUCCGAAAGACUUUUUCCGAGGGAGACAGGGUGUAUACAUGGCAUGUGCCUCGAUAUUCAAGCCACGUUCGAUGCAGCGGGCUGUGGACGAAACACAUUCCCCUUGGUGUUUCAUUCGAGGAAGCCGCAGCGAUACCCAUUGCCUACUGUACUGCAUAUCACUGCUUGGUAAAUGAGGCCCGGUUGCGUACCGGAGACACCAUUCUGAUCCACUCCGGUGCUGGAGGAGUUGGCCAAGCAGCUAUCUUACUAGCCUUACAUCUAGGUGCAACAGUGUUCACAACAGUCGGCUCAGCAGAGAAAAAACAACUCUUGAUCACGCAGUAUGGACUACUGGAAUCUCAUAUAUUUUCCAGUCGGUCCAAGGACUUCGCCGGCCAGAUAAAGUCAGCGACCAAUGGUCGCGGAGUCGAUGUGGUCCUCAACGCCUUGGCUGGGUCGCUUUUGCAGCAUUCGCUCGAGGUAUUGGCACCAUUGGGUCGUUUUGUGGAAAUUGGCAAGAAUGAUAUCCUUGCUCACGCCCGACUAGACUUGAGCCCCUUUGGAAAGUCUAUAUCAUUUUCUACGGUCGACCUCGUCCAGCUGGCCUGUCAGAAACCUCGCCGCAUGGCCGAAGUAUUUUCCGAUGUUCAUCAACUGCUCACUGAACACGUUGUGAAGCCACCGUUUCCACUGAAUAUUCGCUCAAUUACAAAUUUGGAAGAGGUUUUGCGAUUGAUGCAAAAGGGACAGAGUAUGGGCAAAGUGGUGAUAUCUCACGGCCCGAAUGAUAUGGUCAAGGUCAUGCCGCGCAGUCCCCCUGUAGCGCAGCUACGUCCAGAUGCCAGUUAUCUCAUUGUGGGCGGGCAGGGGGGUCUUGGACGUGCACUUUGUGCCUGGAUGGCCCGAUGUGGUGCUAAAGUCCUUGUCGCCAUCUCACCCUCUGGCGCUGACAAGCCUUUGACUAAGGGAUUAGUUGAGGAGUUGGCACAAAUGGGAGUCCAGCUUCACGCGAUGGCCUGUGAUGUUGGGAAUCGCCUUCAACUACAAUCCACCCUUGCGUACUGCAAAGAGACCCUUCCUCCCAUUCGCGGCAUCAUCCAUUCCGGACUCACACUUCGAAAUGGAAGCUUCGAAAAUAUGUCCCUCGACGAUCUCCGACAGGUACUGCAUCCCAAACUAGCUGGCAGCUAUAAUCUUCAUGAUAGCUUUGAAGGCCAGCAACUCGACUUCUUUGUAAUUCUGUCCUCCUAUGUUGGACUCUUAGGUAGUCCGGGCCAGGCAAAUUAUGCGGCCGCAUCGACCUUCCAGGACGCUUUUGCUCGUUGGCGGACAGGCCUUGGCCAACCCACAUAUUCCCUAGAUUUGGGAACAGUCCAAGGAGCCGGCUCUCUUCAUGAGAAGCCUGAGGCAUUAGCCCACUUUGAACGGCUCGGGUUGGGCGGAAUUCCACUCCAAGCCUUGUAUGCUUUAGUCGGCUACACAAUGUCGAAGCCCAUCCAGAGCUGGGCUGACAGCCAAAUCGCCAUCGGAUGGGCGCCGCCAUCCACCUGGACGAAGGCCGAUUAUGCCGCCUUGGACCCUCGUCUCUCCCACCUCCGCUCUUCCCCGAUUCCAUCUCGCAACGACGACAGCUCUCGUGGGCUCCCUGCUGCCGGUAUGCCGCAAGCUUCCGAACCCCUCUCACUGGCUCUUCCCCGGUGUCUGUCUCUAGAAGAACGGGUUUCUACCAUCAUAGCAGCUCUCUCACAGCAAAUUGUCAGCAUCUUGGGGGUGGCGGCGGAAGAUGUGGAUGAAGGCAAGUCAAUUGCAGAUCACGGUGGAGAUUCGCUAGUGGCCAUCGAGUUCCGCAACUGGUUCCGUAAAGAGGUCGGCUGCAGCUUCAGCACUGAAGAAGUCUCCAAUUUGCUCUCAGUACAUCAGUUAGCCUGUCAGGCUGCUAACUAA